AUGGCUUCCCAGAAGAUAGGCAUGUCACCUUCGCCACCCAUUCUGUCGGUCUACGACAAAACUGGCCUACUUGAUCUCGCGAAAGGAUUGAUCAAGCAGAAUGUUCGCCUUCUCGCCUCUGGUGGGACGGCGAGAAUGAUCCGAGAGGCUGGUUUUGAUGUCGAAGAUGUCUCUGCUAUCACAAAGGCCCCCGAAAUGCUCUCUGGUCGCGUCAAGACCCUUCAUCCAGCCGUUCACGCAGGAAUCUUGGCUAGAGAUCUCGCCUCGGACGAGAAAGAUCUCGCGGACCAGAACAUCAAUAAAGUCGACUACGUCGUCUGCAACCUGUACCCAUUCAAGGACACUGUUGCUAAGAUCAACGUGACCAUUCCUGAGGCCGUGGAAGAAAUCGACAUUGGAGGAGUCACUCUCAUCAGAGCAGCAGCCAAGAACCACGCUCGGGUAACCAUUCUCAGUGAUCCCGAAGAUUAUCACCACUUUCUGAAGGAGCUGGAGAAAGGCGACAUCCCGGAGGAGAGUCGCCAGAGAUAUGCUCUGAAAGCUUUCGAACAUACCGCCGAUUACGAUGCCGCCAUCGCGGACUUUUUUCGCAAACAAUAUGCCGGGAAUGGGGUGCAACAGAUCUCCCUUCGAUAUGGCGCGAACCCCCACCAGAAGCCUGCCGCUGCAUUCGUGCGCAGUGGGAAAUUGCCCUUCAAAGUUUUGGGUGGCUCGCCUGGUUACAUCAAUCUUCUCGAUUGUCUAAAUGCCUGGCCCCUGGUGAACGAGCUCAAGCAAGCGCUAGGACUACCAGCUGCUGCAAGUUUCAAGCAUGUCUCUCCUGCAGGCGCCGCUAUCGCGGUACCGUUGAAUGAAAAGGAGCGACGGGUCUACAUGGUCGACGACAUCGACGGGAUCGAGAGCUCGGGUUUGGCGCAAGCAUACGCUCGCGCGCGGGGAGCGGAUCGAAUGUCGAGCUUUGGCGACGUGAUUGCUCUAUCCGACAAAUGCGACGUCCCCACGGCGAAGAUCAUCUCUCGAGAAGUUUCCGACGGCGUCAUUGCCCCAGACUAUGAGCCGGCAGCCCUCGAGAUCCUCAAGAAGAAGAAGGGAGGAAAAUAUCUGGUACUCCAAAUGGACGAGAGUUACGAGCCUCCUGCACAAGAAACACGCACUGUGUACGGUGUCCAAUUAACACAGGGACGGAACGACGUCAAAAUCUCGCCCUUUGAGACAUUUAACUCCAUUAUCCGGCCGAAACAUUCUCCGAAACUGUCGAGCUCGGCGCUGCGCGACCUGACAGUCGCGACCAUCGCGGUGAAAUACACCCAGUCGAACUCUGUCUGUUACGCAUUGAACGGACAAGUCAUUGGUCUCGGCGCCGGACAGCAGAGUCGCAUUCACUGCACACGGCUCGCAGGCGACAAGGCCGACAACUGGUGGAUGCGAUUCCACGAACGCACGCUGUCGAUCGAGUGGGCCAAAGGUGUCAAGCGGUCGGAAAAAUCCAAUGCGAUUGACAUGCUGUGUUCCGGCCAGGUACCACCACAGAGCGAGUUCGAGACGAAGGAUUAUGAAAGCAAUUUUGCUGAAGGGUGCGUGCCGAAGCCCUUCUCCCCUGAAGAGCGACGGGAGUGGUUAGACAAACUCGGCGAGGUCGCGGUCUCAAGUGAUGCCUUUGUGAGUGCUGUUUUCCCCAUCAUUAUAUUCUUCACUAAUAAGAACCAGUUCCCCUUCGUGGAUAACGUAUACCGGGCUGCUCGAAGCGGCGUGAAAUACAUUGCUGCCCCAACUGGCUCGCAAAACGAUGGCGCUGUAUUUGACACGGCGGAAAAUCUGGGGAUAACUUUCAUUGAGCAGAGCACGAGACUGUUUCAUCACUGA